AUGGUGGGGGAGAUGGGGCGCCGGAGAUGGUACGGUUGGGUGGGGCGUCGAGUGGUGGUGUGGAAGAAGCAGUGGCCCUCCCUCCGCGCGUGCCCUCCCUCCGCGCGUGCCACCAGCAACCACCGUCAGCUGGCUUUCUCCUGCGCAGCGGUGGUGCAUCUCCUGCUCCCAGAUCCAGGCGCGGGCCCCAACCCCUUCUACCACUGGAUCUCGGGCUCGCCGGUGGGCGACGGCGCUGCCCACCGCCCGUGGCUCAUCCCCCCCAGUGCCGUCGAGGUUCAGUUGCCCGUGCUCCUCCAUCGAUGUUCCCGCGGUCAUCCACUGCACCGCCAACAUCCUCUCUCCGGCCGACCUGCAGCUGGGGGAGGUCUCAAACUACAGCUGGAGGAGGUCUCGACCUGCAGCUUGCCGCGUCUGCCGCUGCCGCCGAGGUCCACCACAUACACUCGAUGUUGCGGCAACCACCCCCACCACUGUCCGUUGCUGAUGCGUGCAACCACGUCCAGCCACCCACUGGACGUGGGCACAGAGGCAGGGCCAUGCCGAGGGAGCUCGAGCUCAACCACCCACAGCUGGUUCCCCUGCAGGUUGUACACCCCACCAACCACACCAUCUUCUCCUCGUCUAUUCUCUUGCCUCCUUGCUUCUGUAGUUCAAGAUGAUUUAAAAAGGUUGCAGCGGAAAAACAAAAUGCAGAAGUUCAAAGAUGAAAUUUGAAGAAGGAAAUAUGCAACAAUCAAAGAAGUGGCGGUCUCAUUACAGAGAAGAAGAACGCCUUGCGAUCCAACCGAGUUGACUCCUGCCAUCGACACUGCAUAAUUAUCACUGGAUGCCCAUGGCCACCGGCGCUGGACAAUUAGCACUGAAUGACUUGCAAUCCGGAAGAAAGUUGCGCCCAUAACCUGUGGAGAUCUAUAACAUUGUGCAGUUGGUCGUGAUGUCUCCUGGAGCUUCAAUUUUCUGACCCUGAUGCAUUUUCUUCCUUUUUGAUGUGCCACUUGAUGCAUAAAUUAUCACUGGAUGCCCAUGGCGUGUUCACAGUAUGUGUUUGUGUUAGUACCCGACAGGUUCCAUCAUGUACUAAAUGGGGAUGGAUAGAGAGAUCCAUAAUUCAUUUGUAUAGAAGUUCAAAUUUAAACAAAAUAGAGGUCCAAUGUUUAUGAAAGCUAUUUUAGUAAUUC